AUGAGUUUAAAGGAAACUGCCGGCGGUUCCUCGAUUGAAAUUCUUGAAACCAGCGGUGCGUGGUAUACUUACGAAGCUAAUGGUAUUGACGUGUAUGAUGAAAAAGGAAACAAAUUGGGGAAAUCUCAAAAGGCUGGUGCAUCCGCUGUCAAGCAAGUAGCGAUAUCUCGUAUACUUACCAACUGCCCGGUCUUGACAAUUCCGCCUCUCGUACUUUCGCUGCUUGAAAAGACUUCAUGGUUGCAAAAAAAUCCGAGAUUUUCAGUUCCCAUCAAUUUCGGUCUCAUAGCACUUUCCUUGACAACAGCCUUACCAUUAGCAAUUGCCGCUUUUCCGCAGAAUGUGGUUGUAGAUCCAUUGAAAUUAGAAUCAAAGUUUUGGAAUUUGAAGGAUGAAAAGGGAGAAAAGUUAAGGCACAUAUUUUUCAAUAAGGGACUAUAG